AUGACACCUCCUGCACAAAUUAAAGCCAGAGGAAAAGAUGCAGUUAUUGCCUUCGUCAAUGAAAUUGAAAAAGGUGAAAUGAUGUUGGUAACAUCAGAAGAAGCUACAAGUUUAACUUUAGAGGAAAGAGAAACUUCUGAUGUGUCUCAGAGUGCUGCAAAUGUAUCGACUAGACAGUUUGAUAGACUCCCAGAAGAAAUUGUUAAAAAAGUUGUUGCAAAUCUUGAAAAACCCGGCCUUUUUAAACGAUUCUUCAUGAAAGUAACGAGAAAGAAGACUACUGAUAAAUUACCAAGGGAUUUAACAUGUAUAUGGGAUUAUGCAGGCCAAAUCUCAUAUUAUAUAACUCACAGGUUUUUCUUGACAGAUGGAUCAUCAUAUGUCGUCGCUUUUAGUUUGUUUGAGCCUUUAAAUGAAUUGGCAGAAUCAAGAGGUCCACUGAAAGAUCAGUUUGAAAUUACUAAUCUCCAAAUGAUUAUUUUCUGGAUACGGUCAAUAUAUGAGCACGCUGUACUACAAUAUAACGCAAGUACGGAAUUGAUAAAUGACACGAUAGCCUCACCCACAAUCAGUUUGGUUGGCACUCACAAAGACAAGUUAGAGGGAAGUGAGGAGGAUAAACAGAAUCAGCUUGAAGUAAUAUUCAAAAUAAUAUUUGAAGAAAUCAAAGGGAUGCCAUUCGAACGUCACGUAGACAGAACGAUGUAUGCUGUAGAUAAUACAUCAGCAAAUGACAAAGGGAUUGAAGAAUUAAAGAAAAAUCUCGGAGGUUACACAAAGCAAAUGGCAAAAAAAGUUCCCACAAAAUGGGUUGAUUUCCAGUCGAAAAUCCAAGAAGUUGGGAAAACAACACUGCGCAUGUCCUUAGACGAGGUCACUGAGAUUGCUAAUGAUUGUGGAAUCCCGAACGAAAACAUUAUCCACAUUCUCAACUAUUUAAGUGAUUGUGGAAUUAUUAUGUAUUCGCCAACCAACAUCAAGUUGAAGAACACUGUGAUUACUAACGUCCUCAUGUUGAUUGAAGUCUUCACGAAAGUCAUCACAACAAAAGAUCAGAGACCUGCAGUGAUGGCGUCAUGGCAUCUGCUUGAUAAAGGCAUUCUGAGUGAGGCAUUGCUACGUCGUCUGUGGAAACAUGAGUUAGAGGAAGACGACAGCAACUUUGAAGUUUUUAUAGAACUGAUGAAGGUUUUUGGAUUGCUCUUGAAAAACAGAAGUUUAAGAAAUUUGUGUUCCGAAUCUGAAGAAAAUGAUCGAACAUUCAUCGUCCCUUGUCUAAUGAGUAUCGUUAAGGACAAGAACAUGGAAGUUGAGAAAGACAACAAGGAGAUGGUAUCAAUCUACGUGACUCCAACGGACUUCCUCCCUGAUGCUGUCUACAGUGUAUUAGUCGUUGCCUUUGUAGACCUAAUGAAGGAGAAAGGUAGAAGCGAUUAUUCAAAAUUGUUUCGGAAUCGUAGUGACUUUGACUUCGAUGAUCACUUAGUGAGUCUGGGAGCCGUCAAAAUCAAGAACAUGCAUGCAUUGAAGCUUGAAAUAACGCGUCGGAUUGAUAAAGAUGCAAAUGGUGAACUAUCAGAACCACACCCGAGUGUGUGUCUGGAGGUAUUAAACUACCUUAAGCAUCAACUGAAGACUGUAUAUGUUACAACAGUAGGGAUUGGUUACGAGUUACGCGUCUUGUGCAGCGUAUGUCCACCAACGCAGCAACCUCAUUUACAUAAUCUUGACAAAUGUUUAGAAAAAGAUUGGGUUUCAUGUGGAAAGUAUAAAAUGAACACAUCUCGUUAUAAGGUCUUUUUCCAAGAAGAAGUCCAAGAUAAAUUCUUGUCUACUUAUCAACUUCGUAGGCCUGUGUUAACAGAAUCCACACGUGGAGAGCGAUUGCCAGGUAAAUCUGUUGAUGUUGUAAUUGUAAAAUUAUGGGCAACAUUGUAA